AUGUCGUAUAUUACCACGAAUACAUCGCCUUUUGAGACAACCUCCUCGCUGGCACCAACUAUAACUCCAAGUGAGCCGUCAACACCCUCGGGGACAACAACUAUAACAAUUACAUUUACACCUGAACCAACAACAGCUACCACAACCGUAGAAUUAACGACAAUAACGGCCACUACAACCGUAGAGCCAACAAUAACAACGACUACUACAGCCGUAGAGCCAACGAUAACAACGACCACCACAACCGUUGAACCAACGAUAACAACAAUCAUCAACACUACAGCUACCUCAGUAUCUGACAUUACAUCGGUCACAAGCUAUACGCAAACGCAGUUGACACCACCUUUUUCCGGAACGAACGUCGUUACAAGCGUAUAUCCUAGUAUUGUACCAACACCAGCGCCCAAAGAUGAUCACUCAAAUAAACUCCCAAUCGGAGGUAUUGUUGGAAUAGUCCUCGCUGCUGCAGUUGUCUUGAUUGCCCUUGUACUGUGCAUAGUCUUUGCAAUGCAUCGUCAACGCCGCAGCGCGAAGCGCAAUAGCAAUGACAUGGCUAUGCAUGGAGGUCGUCUUUCAAGUGGAGCAGACGUUGACUUUCAAGGAAGUCGAUUUGGCGCUGAGAACAUGGACACAGGGAUAUCACAAGGCCCUAUGAAUGCGACAUCGUUUGAAGAAAGUGGUGUCUCCAAUGUAUCUUCUAACGGGAUGUACCCUUUGGAAAAUUUUGGGACUAGCGCUGCAGCGGCAACAACUGGGACAGAUACUGGUAUGCAUGGCUACGGAUCAGAUGAAUACUCAUGGAGGCAGCAGCAACCGUAUUAUCCUACAUCAAGUUAUGUAGAGCCGUAUGGCAAUCGACACGACCCUUACUACGCCGUACGGCAAGAGACAACGGCAUCGUACAUGCGACGCCAUCACCAAAAACAACAGCAGCAGUUCCCACAGCAAUUUCAAGAAUACACAGACACAAAUUCAAUGCCCGAAGGAUAUUUUGCUGGACAACAAAGCCGCCCUUCUGGCCACGACAACUACUAUGCCGAUCGAUACUAUGCAGCCGAUGACGGCCGUUAUCAUCUCCAUCAGUUAAGGCAUGGCUAUGGGAUGGAUGCAAGAUCAGGCCCAGAUCCUGGAACGAAUACCUCCAAUCCUACCAUCUAA